GGUUCGCGUCGAGCGGUGCGCGGUCGCGGUUCGUGUUAGUUUGUUCCUUUGUUUCUCCUAAAACUUUUUGUGACUAGUUUCUGAAGUGGGUGAAUUUGUAUUUUUAGUGUUCAACUAAUUCUCCUAAGCAGGAGCAGGAGAGUUUGGAAGCUAUACAGGAUAUUUCCGAGAACUAAAUAUUUCUCCUUGGAACGGUCUUGAUUCAUGUGACAAUGCGGUGAGUCCGUACAGUUUUGUAUGGUAGUGCGCAGCUCUGUGGCUGCGUAGAGCUGACCCAUGUGACCGUGGAGUGUCACGUGUGUGUGUAUGGGCUCGGCCUGGGGCAAGGUGUACUAAGGGCGGCCUGUGGUACUUGCGCUGCCGCCAUGGGCUGCACCCCCUCCUCCCACAAGAAGCGCAACUCCCGGGACGACCAGUCAACGCAUGCGCACCAGCUGAUCAACAGUUCUGGAGGCAGUUUACGGGGUGUACGCGGUAAGCGAGGCAGCGAUGGCAUUAUCUACCACAGGAGUUGCAGCGACGUAGACACGAGAGAGCCUGACGAAGGCGGAGGUGUGGGGUGUGUGUGGGAGUGGUGUGUCCAGGCAUCGCGAUGCUCCUUGGCUAGAAACGACGCCUCCUUGGUGGCAGCCGAGGACCACGAUGCUCAUAUUAGCGAGCUUAACGAUCAAACACUAGAACAACAAUGCCAUCGGCUUCAUCAACUGAAUAUUCCUGUUCCUCGACCUCAACCUAUAAGAGUGCUGCUGGUGUUCAGCAAAGAUGACGUCACCUGCACUACCCUCACCACCACCACAGAACACCUGGGACUACAAAGAGACAUGGCGUCUACUUUAGAUAGUGUGCUGGAGUUUUACCAGGGACAGUCGUCCUGGCCUCAAAUAGUCUUUGUCGACUUACGAUACUCCUGGUUCAAAGGCGACCAGAUAGUCAGAGCACUUCGUGCCAUAAAGAGGACCCACCAUAUCAUCAUAGUCGGCGUUUGUAAAAAAAGUGCAGUGGAGAAAGAAAAAGAACUGCGAACUACGUUGAAAAUUGGAGUCAACAGAGUAAUGGUGGAACCCUUAUCAGUGGCACAGGCUGUGUGUGAGCUGGUGCAGUUAGUGCAAGGGCAAGUGGCACUGCAUGCUUUGCUGGCGCACAAUGAAGCAGUAUACCUGGCAUUAGACAAGAGUAGAGACCUGGUGUUAGUCACCGACCACGCUCAUGUUAUUCAGUAUGCCAACCGUACGUGGUGUCAGGUGUUCGGAUUCAAAGUAGAAGAACUCCUCGGUCAACCUCUCCCAAAGUUCCACCAGCUUGCCAACAUGGACCAGGUGACGAGACAGCUGGAGAAAGGAUUUGACUGGGAGGGGAAAAUCAGCUGGCGAAGUAAGAGCGGGGAAAACAUCACUCUGCAAUGUCGAGCAAUGCCUUACCAAGCGAUGGGCAGAGAACCUACACACUAUGUCUAUGUUCAAGAUAAUCCGUUAGAAAACCACAUUUAUCCCAGAGGGAGCGUACCCUCAAUCAGAAAAGGAUCUUACGACCUCAAAUCCAUCAACAGUGAAGGUGCUCAGUCUGCCAGAAGACAAAGUCUGGCUAAACUUCACAAUCUACCAUUGGAGGCUCCUAUCACGAGAGUGAUCUCCCUCAUCUGUGCAGCUCAGGAAAACUCUACAGGACAAGUUGUGCAGAUAUUAGACAAGGUUGUCGACAUUCUCAGAACAACAGAGUUGUAUUCUUCACAUCUGAAAGCAGACAAUCUGAGGUGUGAAGAUCCUGUCACCUCCGAUCUUAUUGGAGCUCUGAUAACUUCAGGCACAGUACCAGUUUCCACCACCAGGCGCAGUUCUAACGACUCUGCAGCAGUUAAGGCAGCCCAGUCCCUCCCACCCGGGGCGAAGGUGGUGUUUGCCAUGAACGCUUCUCCACAGAUAAAAGAACUGCUGGACUCAGCGUUGCUGUGGGACUUCAACAUCUUCAGGCUGGAAGAACUAACGGGAAAAAGGCCAUUGGUGUUCCUCGGAAUGAACCUUCUCCUCCACUUUGAUGUUCACAAAACUCUCGGAUGUGAUGAGAAAACCCUAUACAACUGGCUGACGGUGAUAGAGCGACAUUACCACAUCAGCAACACCUACCAUAACUCUUCCCAUGCAGCAGAUGUUCUACAGGCAACGGCUUGCUUCCUGGAACGGGAGAGGAUCAAGAAGAUUCUGGACGAAUUGGACGAGGCUUGCUGUCUCAUUGCAGCUGCUUGUCAUGAUAUUGACCAUCCAGGGAAGUCCAGUGCCUUCCUGGCCAACUCCAGCAAUGAACUGGCUCUCUUAUACAAUGACAUCAGCGUACUAGAAUCUCAUCAUGCAGCGCUGACGUUUAAACUCACCCUUAGAGACGACAGAGUAAAUAUUUUUAAAGGUUUGGAGCGAGACACGUAUAAAGUAGCCCGGCAAAGUAUAAUUGACAUGAUUCUUGCCACAGAGAUGACAAAACAUUUUGAACACCUUGCAAAAUUCGUCAGUGUGUUCAACAAACCCAACUCAACUUCUGAUGACGGCAGCGGAGAUGCGAAGAGCCCAAGUGACUGCGGAGGAGACAUUUCUCUAUCGAGCGCAGACGAGAUUAACCUCGUGAAGCGGAUGAUGAUUAAGUGCGCGGAUGUCUCCAACCCUACACGGCCACUCAAGAUGUGCGUCGAGUGGGCACGGCGCAUCGCUGAGGAGUAUUUCACUCAGACUGACGAUGAGAAGGCCAACCACUUGCCUGUUGUAAUGCCGAUGUUUGACAGGACAUCAUGUUCCAUUCCAAAAUCCCAGAUGGGUUUUGUCGACUUCAUCAUCAAUGAUAUGUUUGAAGCUUGGGAUGCAUUUAUUGACAUGCCAGAGAUGUUGUAUCACCUAAGGAGCAACUAUCAAUACUGGAAGGAUCUGGAGGAGAAGGGAGUUACCAGUUUAGGAGAUAUUUCUCUCAAACAAACAUCCAGCGGGUCCAGUCCAAACCCAAACCUUCCUAAUAUACCUGAGAAAACUUUCUAAUGCCUAUUUUAUGACAAGUGUAAUAAUAGACUAACUUUUUUAAAUCAUGUACUUAAUAUAAACUAUUGCUAUUUUUGUCAUGUCGUCAAUUUUAAUAUAUUGUGUUCAUAAGAGGUAAAUACAGAGAUGUGUAUACACGUUU